CAUCGGAUUCUGAGCUACCAGCUGGAAGGCGAGUCUGCCAUCUCCGACCAGGAGCUGGACCUGUUCAACAGAAGUCGGAGCAUCAUCCUUUUGCUGUCUGCUGAGCUGGACUGGUCUCAGUGGCAAGAACUGACAAACGAUGAUGAGCCCGAUGCUUACCUUGCAGCUGUCAAGAAGGCUAUUUCAGAAGAUUCAGGCUGUGACUCUGUGACGGAUACAGAAACAGAAGACGAGAAAAACCCCGUUUGCUCCCAAAGACUUGCCAUGAGUGAAGAACAUGGAUCAUCCAAGAGCACUGGGGACCACCCAGUGGUGCAGCCUGACCGCAUACGGUGUGGGGUGCAGACAAGAGUUUACAUUAUCAUGAAAUGUAAACUAGAUGGUGAAGUGAAAACUGAAGUUGAAUUCUUUCCAGAGAAUGCGUCGUCUGUGCGUGUGCUGGCUGAGAUGGAGAAUGAGUACACGAUCUCUGUGGAGGCUCCAAAUUUAACCUCUGGGACAGUGCCUCUGCAGAUUUAUUCAGGGGACUUAAUGGUGGGAGAAGCAAGCAUCACCUAUCACACCGACAUGGAAGAAAUCAGCAGUCUGUUGGGUAACGCAGCCAACCCAGUACAGUUCAUGUGCCAGGCCUUUAAAAUCGUGCCAUACAGCAUAGAAGCCUUGGACAAACUGUUGACUGAGUCACUCAAGAAGAACAUUCCUGCCAGUGGCUUACACCUGUUUGGAAUCAACCAGCUGGAAGAAGAAGAUAUGACAACAAAUCAGAGGGAUGAGGAGUUGCCAACACUGCUUCACUUUGCUGCAAGAUACGGGCUGAAGAACCUCACUGCCUUGCUGCUUACAUGCCCUGGAGCACUGCAGGCCUACAGUGUAGCCAACAAAUAUGGCCACUAUCCAAACACCAUAGCAGAAAAGCAUGGCUUUAAGGACCUCCGCCAGUUCAUCGAUGAGUAUGUGGAAACUGCAGAUAUGCUGAAGAGUCACAUUAAAGAAGAGCUGAUGCAAGGCGAGGAGGAUGAGUCUGUUUAUGAGUCCAUGGCUCAUCUGUCCACUGAUCUGCUAAUGAAAUGUUCCUUGAAUCCUGGCUCCGAUGAAGAGCUUUAUGAAUCCAUGGCUGGAUUUGUCCCUGCUGCCUCAGAAGAUCUCUAUGUGGAGAUGCUUCAGUCCAAACCAGACACUCCAGUUGCUGGAGAUGAAGUUUCUCUAACUACGAAAGAUUCAAUGCUCCGCAAGUUUUUGGAAGGCAGUAGCAUGGACGUGCCAGAUUCAGAGGAAGGAGUUUACCAACGGUAUGGUGAAGAUGUGUACUACUCGGUGGAACAAGAUACUUUUCCACAGGAAAUGGCUAGCAGACCUCCAGUUCCUGUUCCAAGACCAGAAUCCAGCUCUCCACAGCCGGACAAUGAGCUGUACAUCUCCAAAAUUUUUGCACAGAAAACUCAAAGAGCUGAGAAUCUCUAUGUCCCUAGAGGAAGGGUUAAGAAAGAGACAAUAGUCAGGCCUGUAAGGGACCCAUCUCAAUCAAGCAUAUAUGAUCCAUUCGCCGGAAUGAAAACCCCAGGUCAACGGCAGCUGAUUACAUUACAGGAGCAAGUGAAAAUGGGCAUACUCACCGUCGAUGAAGCUGUACUUCAUUUUAAGGAGUGGCAGCUGAACCAAAAGAAGAGAUCGGAAUCAUUUCGGUUCCAGCAGGAAAAUCUGAAACGGCUACGAGACAGCAUAACCAGGAGGCAAAUGGAGAAGCAAAAAAAAGACAAAAGUGCAGAUUUGGAAAUUACAGUACCCAUUCGACAUUCUCAUAAUACUUUGGGGAAACCAGAAUGUGGAAUAUAUGAAUACGCCCCCAGGAAAAACGUUUUCCCACCAAAAAAGGAGUUAAAGCGAGGAGACUGGAAAACAGAAAGCACAUCCAGCACAACAAGUAGUGCAAGUAACCGCUCCAGCACUCGGAGCAUAUUGAGUGUCAGCAGUGGGAUGGAAGGGGACAGUGAGGACAACGAAGUCCAGGAAACAACGAGAAGCCGCAGCCCAGUUGCCCACCAAGCCGAGAGGCUGCCUUUCCCAGAACGGCCUCCCAGAGUGCCUCCUCGAGGUGCAAGCAGGCCUGUAAGCUGUGAAGGUUUUUAUCCUCCACCUGUGCCCCCAAGAGGUCGCUGAAUCUCUCAACAUCUGUGCAAUAUGAGAUUCUUCUGUUUCUAUGUGCGUUUGUACAGAUACUUCUGGGUUGUCUUAAAUUAUUUAUAAGUGGGAGCCAAAUGUUU